CCAGUAACUAAGAAUGCGCUCUUGACCUCGGAGAACAAACUCUUAAAGUCUCGAGCUUUCUUUGUGAUUUUUGGACAUAUUACUUCAUCAUUUUACAUACCAGAGACAUUCCGCUGCAUCUGGGCUUUACAUCGUUUUAAUGGUGGAGGGUAAACGAUACGUUUUACUUAUUUUACGCACCAUUAAGGCUGGUACGUUGCGUAAUAAAUCUUCAACUUGAUAGAAGAUGUAAAAAGAGACUUCAAAGCUAGUCUUCAGCUGAAGAAGUGGCGAAAAGAGUGAAAUACCCACAAGAAAAAAAAAAGAUUAUUGCUGCAAGAGAGCCAGCUGAUGUCAGAGGAUGAAGCACAGUCCCUUGUAGAAACUGGUGGAGAUGGCGACCCUGAGUGAGGAUACAAGAACAACAACAGUAGUUCUCCCUGGUCCCUCCAAAGUGCUGCAGUUUCGAGUAUAUAGGACUUCAAAUGGAGAGCAGAAACUACUCAAACAGGAUGUGAAAGAAGCUACGGGCAAGGUUACAAAAAUUAAGAGAAAGCACAGAGUGUUCACUCAUGGUCUCCAUCGCUUGCAGCACUUCUCAUGUGACAGCCCUGUACGUUUCAUGAUGUUCUCUGAAGCUGCUGCUUCGUAUAUCAGCCUCCAUACUGACAACUCAGUAUGCCUUUACACAGCAGAUGGUCUAGAGCAGACUUCCUCAGCACGCCUCACUUUCACAGGUCUGACUGAAACAAAAAUCUUAGGCCAUGUUGUGGGCUGGGGUCCUGGGCCUGUUUUUACGCUCAUGGACAGUAUGUUACGCCCCUUGGAGGCUGCUCACGAUGCCCUGGAUAUACGCGUGUGCCAGGCUGCAGAGCACUCGGCAGAGCUUGUGACGGCAGGUGCAGGGAACGUGUGCGUGUGGUCGGUGAUGCUCAUGAGGUGUAAGGUGAAGAUAGAAGAGGGGCUGCAGCACAGAACAUUCACCAUAUUAGCUUUGGCUCCACCGAAGUUUGAGAGGCCUCACAUGGCUUUCGUUGCAUGCAGACAGUCUGUGACUGUUGUGGACCUCGAUGGUGGGAAGGUUUUAGAGCACAAGAAGGAUCUCUGCUCAAGAUCUAUAACUGCCAUGGUGUUCUGCUCUCUACUGGACUGUUUGAUUACUGCAUCCCAGGAGCCCUCCAUUAAAAUAUGGGGUCCAAAGUGGGAACAACGUGUGUCUUUUGAAGGAUUUAAUGGUGUUGUGAACUCUCUGUUCUACUGCCCUGCAUUAAGCAUGCUGUUAUCAGCCACUGGGGAUGGAACAAUCUGUUGCUGGAAUGUAGAAGAAGGUGAUGCGGUUGAAUGUGUCCACACAGAGCAGAAAAGCCCUUUGAUGUUCAUAGGGGGCAAUAGAAAAGGAGACACUUUCUUCUCCUUUUCACAUCAUGGAAUCGAUUUCUGGUCCAGCAGAAACUUAUACACUCUCUUCUGUCCACUCAAAGGUGACAUAGGAGCCCCACUGAGACAAAUCCUAGUCACCUCCUUCCCUGCUCCUUUCCCUAUACGAGUCCUCUGUAUCAGUGGGGACAGUGACGUAAUGCUUGUGGCCGCAGAAACAGGAGUAGUGUUGACUUCCUUCAAGGCAAAGCAGAGGGUUUUGUGUGCCAACUACUGCCUGCAAAAGGAGAUUCUGUUGGCUCUGACUGAGUCAGGUACAGUGCUCCAAGCUAACACGCUUACCAAUCCAGUCACUUUGAUGCAAGAGUGGAAGGAGAGAGGACAGGGAUCCUGGCAGCACAACGACAACAUGACUGAGUCGGAGGCCCGAAAUCUGCCCACACCCGGCCCAGCAUGCUGCCUGGUACUCUACUGUUAUGUGACCGAAACACAGGACGCUUUAGAGGAGUGGAAGAGUUUGCAGGACAGGAGAGGUUGCAGUGAAAGGAACAAGAGAGCUCUUGAUGAUGCCAAGAAUUUGUUUUUGAUCAUCCUUGGCCAAAGUGGAGGCUGUUUGAGUGUUCUGAGACUCAAAGAUGGGAAGGUCUUGUACAGGACGCCGGCACACAACGGCCAGAGAGUCACCGCAUUGCAUGUGUGUCAUGAGAACGGCUAUCUCCUCUCAACAGGUGAGGACAUGACAUUGGUGUUGUGGAAAGUGAACCCCUUCAUCCAGAAGAGUCUCAGCCAGCAGAUGAUCCUGCACUGUGGUCAGCCUCAGGCCUGCAUGGCAGCUCUCGGGCCCCAGCUGGCCUUUACCUUCCAAGACCUCAGCAGUGGCACCCACAAGCUAAUGCACUUUAACCUACUCAACCAGAGCCGGACUGAUGACCCACCCACAGAGGGGCAUUUAGACCACAUCACAGGAUUGUGUGUUUGUCCUCACCUUGAUGUGUUUGUCUCCAGCAGUCUUGACCGGACUGUUUGUGUCUGGAAUGAGGAGAAUCAGCUGAUCAGUACACUGCGGCUGAAUGCAGCGCCUCAGUGUCUGGCUUACAGUGGGUUUGGAGGGGAGCUGUUUCUCGGCAUCAGAGGGGAUUUGUACAAGAUGGACUGUGCAGAGUUCCUGCCACAAAUGCUUCUCGACACUUAUCGUGUCAAGAGAGUCCCAGACUUCCCUGUCAUCGAGAAUAAAGAAAAGUGCAGCAAAAGAAAAAACCCAAGCGCAGACAAAGAUGAGGACGAGGAAUUGCAAGCGAUCAGCAGCAGCUUAUUACCGACAGAAGACAUGUGGAGACAGAAGGAGCGUGAGAGCUUGGUGCUUUUGAAUAAGGACCUGUCUGCACUCUUAGAAGGCUCUGUGAAAUGCAGAAAAGCAAAACCUCCAAGCACAAAGGAGACCAGGAAAGAGGCUUUUGAUCAAUACAUGAAGAUAAUCUAUAAGUUGCCACUGGAUAUAAAGAUUGAUUUAGACGACACCUUUAACCCAAAUAAACUUCCAUUUUAUCCCAAACCACAUGACUUCAAGCCCUGUACCCCUUGUACCCCGACAGAGGACACUCGCCCUAAAUCUAGAAUAAACAAACCUCUGAAAGUGGAGAAGCAGGAGAGAAAUGUUCCAGAACCAAAGCCAAAACCUAAGACUCCGAAGAGCGUCAAGCAGUGCACUGUUCGCCAAGUCACACCCAAGAACCUCAUCAUCAUGGGGAAGCAGGAAGAGCAGGAAGAGGAUAUAAUUCCUCCAGAGGUCAUUCCUCCAGCAGAUCUGCCCAAGCCCAAAACUCCUGCUCAAUGUUUUCGCCGUCCAAAGACCAGAACACCUCCUCCACCUGCUCCUGAGGGUCAAGCUUUCCUCAAACAGUUUGCAGGAUUAGACUGGUUUAAAGACCUCUUUCCAGAUAAAAAGUGUAUACCAAGCAACCUGUCUCCAGAGGACUUCUCCCUGCAGCUGCUGGGCUCUCUGAAGACCUGCAGCGCUCCGUCUAGGAUAAAGAUCCUCGCUGCUCUGCAGGCUCUGCACAGCCAGGGACUCUUUCAUAACACAGACAAGCUUUACCAAGGCCUGAUUGAUCUGAUUCCCAAGUUUGUGAGACCAAACAUGUUAACCAUGGAGAAGACAGCGCUUGCUGAAUUGUUGAAUCUUUUAGUUCAUCUUAAAUCUGUCAACGGUGACAUUGUGAAACAAAUUCUCACUCUCCUGGCUUUUAAAAAACGAGGUCUCAGAGAAACAGCCCUUGACAUGCUGACUUCUUUAGGUGUAAAUGAGGCCGAGCAGUGGUUGUUGCCAGAGCUGGAGACCUGGGACUCCGAGCUGCAGGAUCAAUCUAAAAACUGGAAGAACCUCCAUGACAGAGCAGACUGUUGGCUGGAGUUGUGGAUCUCCAAAUACAAGGAACACGACAGGUUUCUGUACCUCAGGAGUACAGCAAAGUGGAAGCCUCCAACCUUCAGCGUGGUGGAUGUGCUGAAUUAUUUCUGCUCUGUACAGAAAGAGGAGUACAGAAAGGCCAGAUGUGAGGUGCCUGCUGGUCCCAAAAACGCUGUGCUUUUGCCCUUAGAUGACUGUUCUCAACCAGUCCUUCGUCUUGGAGAGACUCACACUGGGGCAAGGAUCUGGAGGCCACAAGGACUAAUUCUGCCUCCACUGAGGAAUCGUCCCUUCCUCAUGCAUUUCCCCAGUUUCAUCCCUAUGCCGUUACCUCGGGUCACGCUCAGUCCCUUUCACAUCUACUCAGAUGAGGACUGGGUGAAGGCUUCAUCACGCCGCUACUUCAUUCAACAGGAGUCAUAUGUAGACUACUACAGAUGAUGCGUCUUAGCCUACAACACUCCUGUUAACUACUGACAAACAUAAGUCUGAUAUAUCUUGAUUCUUAUUAAAUUAACUCACACAAUGA